UUCUACAGUAGUCGGCUCGUGGUUAGGUCUGGUCGAAACGUGUUGAAAAGUGUUGAUCAAAAUGCCGUUUACGAUCAAAAACGUGUUGAUUAGCGAUGCCGUCGAUCAAAGUUGUGUUGAUCUUUUGAAAGCCCACAACAUCAAUGUCACCUGCAAGUACAAACUGCCGAAAGAGGAACUGAUAAAGGAGCUUUCUAAACACGAUGGACUGAUCGUCAGGUCAGACACCAAGGUAACCGCUGACGUCCUGCAGUCUUGUAAAGGCCUGCGCGUGAUCGGACGUGCUGGGACUGGUGUGGACAACAUUGACAUCCCAGCCGCCACUCGCAAGGGAGUCAUAGUACUCAACACUCCUGGUGGUAACUCCAUCAGUGCUUGUGAGCUCACAUGUUCCCUCAUUACAGCAAUGGCAAGACACAUCGCUCAGGGUUGCCAGUCACUGAAGGAAGGCCGCUGGGAUCGUAAGCUGUACACAGGCAGCGAACUGUCAGGCAAGACUCUAGCAGUUCUGGGGUUGGGCCGCAUAGGCAGAGAAGUGGCUGCACGCAUGCAAGCUUUCGGUAUGAAGACCAUUGGGUUUGACCCAAUGGUGUCUGCCGAGGACGCUGCUGCUUUCAACGUAGAGAAGCGAGACCUAGACCAGAUCUGGCCCGAAGCCGACUACAUCACCAUCCACACUCCUCUCAUCCCACAAACUCGUAAUCUUAUAAACAGUGAAGUGUUGAGCAAGUGCAAACGAGGUGUGAGGAUUGUAAACGUCGCUCGAGGAGGCAUCGUAGAUGAGGCAGCUUUACUGGAGGCUCUUAAGGACGGAAGGUGCGGUGGUGCUGCUUUGGAUGUGUUUGUUGAGGAGCCUCCCAGGAACCCGACCAGCCUGGCCCUGAUACAACACCCACGGGUGGUUUGUACACCACACCUUGGCGCUAGCACGGACGAGGCUCAAACUCGGGUGGCCGUCGAGAUCGCAGAGCAGUUCAUUGCACUCAAUGAUCCCAAAUCCCCAUACAAGAUCACCGGAGCUGUGAACGCCCCAGUGCUGAGCGCAGCCUGCGUCCCGUACAACAACAAGUGGAUCGAACUGACGACAAGCCUCGGACGUCUGCUGGGUAAACUGCUUCAAGACGAAGACAGGGCCGACGCUAAAGUUGAGCUUAUCAGGAAAGGUUCAGCACUGGAAAACAUGGGAUUCCUGGGGACUGCGGCUCUUGUAGGACUUCUGACCGGACGUACCAGCAACGGACUGAACCUCAUCAACGCCCCUCAGCUAGCUCAGGAGGCGGGGCUUGUUGUCAGCCAACGCUACGAGCCAAGCGAGCAAAAGAGUGUCACUGUCAGCGUUGCCACCGCCAAGGGAACUAACUCCGUCACAGGAACAAUCAAAAGCAAGACUAUCCAUUACCUGCUGGCUGUUAAUGGAGCUCAGUUUUCUCAAGUUGGUAGACUUGUUGGCACUUCAACAGCUGAUUGGAACAGUGUCCAACUGUUCAGUGGUGCCAACCCCAGACAAGAUUUCCUGGCUAUAUCAGAGGCUCUCAGUGCGAAGGGUGUUGACGUCGUGAAUUACUCGGCUGCGUCUGGAGAACAAUCACAAAACUUCUACGUGUUUGGAUUGUCUUCACCUUUGGAAGCCAAGUUGGAAGUCCCCAAUGUCAGAGUCUACUAAAUACUAAUUCGUACUUCUUUAUAUUAAAAUAUUAUACAGUAUUCAAAAAUGAUGUUUAUUUAAGUUACUACUUGUAUGAGAGAAUAUAUUUGUUGUUUAUAAUA